ACAUUAGUGUUAAAGUGCUAAAAUAUGUUUUUUUAAAUAUGGUUGAGUGUUGAAAGGAAAAAAAUCAAAACGUAAUUUUAAGAAAGAUAAGCUAUAAAAAUGAAGAUUCUCCGUCUAUUCGACUCUAUGCGGGGCUCCAGCGCGGUAGGCGCUCGGCCCACAAUCCACCGCGGGCAGUACACUGCGGGAGAGACUAGCGGUGGUCUAAGCGUGUUAUUCACAAUGCUAUGUAUUGUGGAUCUAUUCGGAGUGUUUCCAGUCGUCGCGCUGCCUAAGAGCGUGAUAGCUUGCGGAUUAUAUGGUAUUCCAUUGGUGAUAGCAGUAUUUUCGUUGCAACUGUACACGGCAGUAUUACUCGGCAAGAGUUGGUUGCUGGCGUACGAAUUGACACCUAACAUACGAGAGAAAAGCAGAUUUCCGUACGCGGCAGUGGCUGAGUUAGCAUUUGGUGAUAAUGCUAGAAGAUUGGUUACAUUCUUUAUUGAUGCCACAGUUUUUGGCGCUGCUGUACCUAAUUUCAUAUUUGCAUCUCAGAGUCUGCAGCUGUUCUGGUGGAAGAUAUCUGGAGGAAGCGUUGGCGUGACGUAUUGCGUGUGGAUGGUGGUCAUCGGUCUACUACUCUGCCCCAUCAUGUGGCUUGGCUCGCCUAAGGAUAUGAAGUCAUUAGCGCUCACUUCCGUAUGUAUAGUGGGCACAGUCGCUAUUGCGACGUGGUACUGCAUACUGACUGACGAUGAAUCACCGUCCAGUUUAGGAGGAGUGCUAGACUAUACUCCUGAAAUCGGGGACUUCUUAACUGCGUAUGGGAUUAUAGCUUUUCAGUUCGACAUCCACCCGAUGCUGCUAACACUUCAGGUGGAUAUGAAGGACAGCCGGCGUAUCAACGCGGCCGUACUCGCUGCAUUCCUUACUACGGGGCUGGUAUUUCUCGUCACCACGCUGUUAGCCGCUAACCGAUACGGGGAUGCUGUCGAGAGCAAUAUACUACAGGGUAUUCCACCAUCCAUCACGUUGUAUAUUGUUGCUUUACUGGUCACUUUACAACUGUGCCUCUCGAGCGCCGUCGGAAAUUCUGCACUAUUCCAACAUUUAGAAGAUUUACUCAAAAUACCAAGAAAUUUUUGCAUACAACGAUGUCUGAUGCGUUCCAGUAUCGUCGCCCUGGCAGUAUUCUUAGGCGAAUCUGUGCCCAGAUUCGAUUUAGUAAUGGGUCUCGUCGGUUCCACACUAACCGGUCCACUAAUGUUUAUUUUCCCUCCAUUAUUCUUCCUCAAACUAUGUUAUCUUAAAUCGAUAAAUAUAAAACAAGAAUUCUCGUUGAGUUACAAACCAAAAGUUCCUGAACGUAAUGCGAGUUUACAAGAUGGCGUCGAUCUGUCAAAAUUGCCGCUCGUGUCAACUGAAUCGUUGCCAAAUAAAUAUCAAACUUUUGGUAGUUAUGAAGAAAUACAUCGGUCGUACGUUGAUGAAUAUAAUGUGAAAUGGUACGAUGUUUUAUUAGCGUUUUUAGUUAUGAUGUUAGGAAUGACGGCAACUAUUGUAGCGACAUAUUCAAGUUGGUCUGAAGCGAUAUCGUCCGCUACUUUCUCACCACCGUGUUUAUUAAACGCAACCGCGGCUGCAAGGAGUUUUAUUCAAGAUACUACUUAGAUUUACUUUAACUUUCUAGUAAGUAUACAAGUGCAUUUUUACUGGGAAUUUCACAUGACACCUUUGCUAUCUCUUGUAUUAAAAGGGAUAUUAAUAAUGUGAUAGUAGGUAGUCGAAUUUUACGUAUUUGUAGUCAUUUACCGUGGGUUUCCGAGACGAAAAUACCGGUUUAAAACAUAUUGUUAUCUCUGUUUUGUCAAAGAUAGUGACAGGGAUGACGAUAAGAUUCAUACAGCGAUUUUGGGCUCAGAAACUCAGGGUUAUCGAAGUUAUAUUUCAGUGUAUCGAAAAUGUAAUCGAUUAAUCUGAAUUUCCUAAAUUAUGAGAUAAGUACUAAAUAGAUUAUAAAAAUCGUUAAUAGACGAAUUAAUUAUCAUAAUUAGUUAUUUUAUAAGUGCAAUACUUGACUAUCUUUGUAAACUAGUUUAUAUAUGAAUCAUAAACAUGUUUCUUAUUGUUUUUAUG